AUGACAUCAGAGGUCGGCCUUUUGGACAUGCCAGAGACAAGGGUGAGAAUCGUGCCCAGUCAUGACAUGAAAACCGAGGGGUUGCGCGCCAUUAUUGUAGACUCGUCCGAUCAGUUGCGAAAGGAUGCGAAGGUGCAAAAGGAUGCGAAGGUGCAAAAGGAUGCGAAGGUGCAAAAGGAUGCGAAGGUGCAAAAGGAUGCGAAGGUGCAAAAGGAUGCGAAGGUGCAAAAGGAUGCGAAGGUGCAAAAGGAUGCGAAGGUGCAAAAGGAUGCGAAGGUGCAAAAGGAUGCGAAGGUGCAAAAGGAUGCCAAGGUGCGAGAGAGCGAAAUUGCGAAGGGGUGCGAAGUGCGAUAG